CACAGUUCCACUAGAUGCGCCUACUGCGGUCAGGUUCUCUUAAGUUAAUUCAGUGUAGCAUCUACGAUAGUACAUCUGUUAUCAUUACGUAAUGUUAGCCCUUGUUUUGAAGCCAUAAUUUUGAAAGUCUGAGGCUACUUCCGGUUAUCUCCAGCUAACAUCAGAAACAUCACGAUGGCAGCUGAGUCCGAGGUUCAGUCUGAGAUCGAGGUGCUGAAGUCCAUCUACCUGGAGGAGCUGCAGGUGGACAGGAGAGAGGACGGGGGCUGGCAGGUGAGUCUGGUUCUGUAUCCAUCCACUGCAGAGGACUCGGUCUCCCAGUUUGUCCGACUCACUCUGACUCUGAGCCUCGAUCUGCAGUAUCCCUCAUCGUCUCCGGUCAUCUCUAUUCACAACCCGCGUGGGCUCUCCGACGAUAAACUCGGCAGCGUCCAGAAGUGUCUCCAGGCGGAGGCUGAAUCUUGGCUCGGCUCUCCGGUGCUGUAUCAACUCAUUGAGAAAGCUAAAGAAAUCCUGACUGAAAGCAAUAUUCCUCAUGGGAACUGUGUCAUAUGCCUUUAUGGUUUCAAGGAGGGAGAGACCUUCACCAAGACGAGCUGCUACCACUACUUCCACUCCCACUGCCUCGGCCGCUACGUGGUCCACUCAGAGCGGGAGCUGCGGCAGAGGGAGAAGGAGCUGGAAGAGGAUAAAACCAGAGAUGGAAGCAGCGUUCAGGAGCUGACGGUGGUGUGUCCGGUCUGCAGGGAGCCUCUCACAUAUGACAGAAACCAGCUUCUAAAGUCUCCUGCACCGGAGCUGCCUGAGCUCGAUCAGGCAGCGAUCGGCUCCGACUUUCAGAGGAAGUGGGGUCAGCUCCAGAAGAUUCUGGAGAAGCAGAGGUGCAACGGCGGGAUCAUCGACACGGAGGAGGAAUCCAACCGAUUCCUGAUCCACAUCCAGGAGGCCCCUCCAGUGUCUGAAAACGUAAACCCAGAGGUCGAUGCGUCCCCCGCCCUCCCAGUUUCCUCCUCCUCUGAUGAAGCCGGCGUCCGAUCGGAGCGGUUUGUUCCCGGACUGUCCCAGCUCCCAGGCUUCCAGGCCCAGAAGCACCAGAACCAGGCCAGAGCGCCAAGAGGAGGAGGAAGACCCAAACCCCGUCCUGGGCAGGGCCCCCCCAUCGCAGAGCACCUGGAACGGCUCGCUCUGUCAGACUGCACCGACCAAUCACAGAUGAUUCUGGGAGACGGUGGCCGACAGACGCGAUGCCGGAUCGGGUCGGGGGAGGAACCAGAGAAGCAGGUUCCUCCAACUGAUUUAGACUCUGAGGGCCCAAAAGAUGGAGCCAGGGGUCACCGAGGGAGAAGAAGGGGCCCCUACCGGCCUGCCCUGCACCACAUCGGGGCCCCCAGGCCCCCACAGCAGCACCGCGACAGUCGGGCCAGAAGUCGAGGAGGAGGCGGCGGGCCCCGGCGCGGCCAUUACGGCCAGGGCCUCCAACAGCAGGUGGUGGAGCGGGGAAGAGAGGAGGUGGUAUGACAAAGGGCGACCGGAGGGUGGAGGAACGGCAGAACGCGAGCCUCCAUCAUCAGAUUAAAACGCCGCGACAGAAAGGACUCUGGACGCCGCCUCCUGUCCCGCUGUCUCCAACGCACUUUCGUCUUUGCUCCAGUUGUGUCCAGCUGGUCGCUGCUUUGUGAUGUGAUGCCAAACAGCUUAAAGAACUAUAAAUUAAAUCUACUCUGGGUGUCA